AUGCAACAAGUUGAAGAACAUCAACCCACAAAUCCACCUUCCCCACCAAGAAAAAAGGCCAAAAUCCAACAAAAUGAACCAUGCCCAAAUACCCUCAUUCACAAAAUUAAAGCCCACCAUGCCCAAUGCAACUCCAUCCUAUUCCUCAACACUCCAAACCAUUUGGUCAGCGGUGGAAGAGACAACAACUCAGAUAAUAAUCACAACCCUUCUCUUAAAAUAUGGGACACACUCACUGCAUCAUUUGUUAACUCCCUAGAUGGUUUCAACGGUUUUGUCUCUGCUGAUCUUGCCUUUAAUCCAACCAACAAUCUCCUCGUGGCCGGGCUAUCCACCCACAAGUUAUGCGUUUGGGACUUGAACCACUCGACCCAACCCCGACGUACCCUAAUAGGGCACGACCAAAAAAUUUGUGCAGUGGAUAUCAGUCAAUUCACAGGACGGGUCGUGAUUGGGGCCGCGGCCAAUAGUCACGUACUAAAGGCUUGGGACUUGUCCCGGGACCCCGAAAUCGGGUCAUCAUGCUAUCCUUGGAUAAGUUCCUAUACCUCCAGCCCAUGCAAUGCUCUUAGGUUUACCAAAGAUGACACAAUCUUUUGUUCCGGCCACGUUAAUGGCACGGUGAAGUUCACGAAUAUAGACCGGUUUUUCGCACGGUCCAUAGGCGAAAUCGCGGCGCACACGCAACCUGUGACGUCCAUUUGUGCAAUGCAAGAUGGGAAUGUUGUGUUGAGUAGUGGGAGGGACAAUGUGCACAAUGUUAUUGAUGUUAGGGUCAUGAAAGUUUGUGGGAAGUUGAAGAGCAAAGGUGUUAAAGUAGUGGCGAGGACGUGCGUGAGCCCUUGUGGGGAAUACGCCGCCGUGGGCUCGACGGAGGGAGUGGUUUAUGUGUGGUCGAUAAAGAUGGGGAAAAUGGUGGGCGCUUUGAAAGGGCACGGUGGUCCGGUGGUUUGUUGUAGCUGGAGUAGCGGUGGGAGUCCAUUGGCUUCUUGUGAUAGUGAUGGAAAUAUUUGCAUUUGGUCUUGA